CACAAUACACACAGUCUAGCUAAAUACAUAGGAUUUGAUUGAACUUGCGAGCUUGAAGUUGAACUGUCCUCCUACGUUUCACUGUUCACACCAACCAGGUUAUUGUUUUACACCAUGAGCAGUCAGCAAACUGGAACUACAUCAUCUGGGGCGAUCCCACCUCUUGCUCCAGUCUCUAGCUCCUCCUUAAUGAGCCACUCCCAGUCACAGCUUGGGGGAGGCAAUAAUCAACCAAGUGUGACUCGUAAGACACUUCAAGACACAAUCAAGGAGAUUGAAGCACAGAUCACGCUUUUGGAGCAGACUCCUAAUGUGACAAGCAGGCAGCAAGAUGACUUGGCCAAGUUAAGGGAGCUCCACACACGUGCACUGGCAGAACAGGAGAAGCUAAAAUCCAGCAAACAGCAGCAGCACUUGCAGCAGCAAUUACAGCAGCAACAGCAGCAGCAACACCUUCAACAACAGUUACACCAGCAGCCGGCGACGCCUACAACGGUUCCUGUCAGAACAGGCACCCCACCCUCAGCCUCUUUGAAUAGUACGAAUGGAACCAGCCAAAGCGUCAACGUGACACCGGCUCCAAUUCAGAGUGUCCCUACCCCAGCUAUAAGCAAACCCAGCAGCUCUAUGGCAUCAGGAAGUUCCAUGGCAACGGGUGCACACAGUAGUAUCGACCCCAGUCAGAUUUUGGAUAGGAAGCGAAUCCAGGACCUGGUGAAAGAGGUAGACCCAAAUACCCAGCUAGAUGAAGAUGUUGAGGAAAUGUUGCUGCAGAUUGCUGAUGACUUUAUUGAGAAUAUAGUGACAUCAGGGUGCCAGCUUGCCAAGCACAGGAAGUCAAACACCUUGGAAACUAAGGACAUACUACUGCAUUUGGAGCGCAAUUGGAAUAUGAUGAUCCCUGGGUUCUCCACCGAGGACAACAGACAGUACAAGAGGCCGGCGUCAACCGAAGCUCACAAGCAGCGCAUGGCUCUUAUACGCAAAACCCUCAAGAAAUAAAAGACCUUCAUGAACGAAACACCUGUUGUCACCUUUUGAAGGCAAAAACUACCCGAUACUCAUUGCAUAUUGUAUAUGUAAGGGCUUGACAAGAGUGUCUAUGUGUUCUUGAACUUCCAUACUGCCUGACCAUUUAGUAUCAUCCACUGUGGUUUUGAAUUAUUGAUGAACUGUGCCAGCCUGCAUCGAUAUGUGAUGAGUGCGUCUGAGCAGUACACGGUCAACCCUCCUACUGUCUGACCAUUCAGUUGUGGACUGUGGUUUGGAAUCCUUGAUGAACUAUGCCAACCUGCAUUGAUAUGUGAUGAGUGUGUCUGAGCAGUACACAGUCAACCCUCUUACUCUGUGACCAUUUAUUAGCAUCAACUGUGGGUUUUAAUAAUUGAUGAACUAUGCCAGCCUGCAUUGAUAUGUGGUGAGUGCAUCUGAGCAGCACACAGUCAACCCUCCUACUGUCUGACCAUUCAGUAUCAUCCACUGUGGUUUGGAAUCAUUGAUGAACUAUACCAGCCUGCAUUGAUAUGUGAUGAGUGCGUCUGAGCAGUACACAGUCAACCCUCCUACUGUCUGACCAUUCAGUAUCAUCCACUGUGGUUGUGAAUCUUUGAUGAACUGUGCCAGCCUGCAUUGAUAUGUGGUGAGUGCGUCUGAGCAGUACACAGUCAACCCUCCUACUGUCUGACCAUUCAGUAUCAUAGACUGUGGUUUUGAAUGAUAGAUAAACUAUGUAUGACAGCCAGCAAUGAUAUCAAGUUGUGAAUGCAUUUGCGCAGUACACAGUCAUCCAUCCUACUGCUGACAAUUCAACAACAUCCACUGUGGUUUUAAGUAAUGAAGUUUUUAAGUAAACUAUGCCAGCCAACAGUUAAACCAUGUACACGGUCAACCCUCCUACUGUCUAACUGAUCCUGCUUUACAUGAGAUCAGGCAUACCACUACAAUCAGACUCCAUCAGUUUGGAUGUUGAGUGGACUGAGGACUGCACUAGUAAACUGAUCAUGCUUUACAUGGGAUCUGGGAUACAAUUACAUGGGAUCAGGGAUUAUUGCCAAAAUCAGAGUCCGACAGUUUGGAUGUUGAGUUACUGUAUGGUGUGGACUGAGGGCUUAACUAGUAAACUGAUUAUGGGAUCAGACAUAUCACCAUAGUCAGAGUCCAACAGUUUGGGUGUUGAGUUACUGUAGGGUGUGGACUGAGAAGGCUGCACUAGUUAACUUAUUAUGCUUAACAUAGGAUCAGACACCUCCAACAAUCCAACAGUUUGGAUGUUGAGUGGAAUGAGGACUGCACUACAAUGAUAUGGGAUCAGGGAUAUUGUGAAAAUCAGAGUCCUGCAGUUUGGAUGUUGAGUUACUGUAUGGUGUGGACUGAGGACUGUACUAGUAAACCGAUUAUGCUUUGGGAUCAGGCAUACCAGCAUAAUCAGAAUCCAACAGCUUAGAUGUUGAGUUACUGUACAGCGUGGACUGAGGACUGUACUAGCAAACUUAUGCUUUACAGGACUGCACUAGUAUAAAGGAUAUUGGUCAUUGUACAUGUAUCAUAACUACGUAUGUUAUUUCUUGAGGUGCCAGUCAGAAGUCAUCAGAAGGAUCACACCCAAGUUCACAAAAUGUACAACCUGCCUUCCUCUUUGAAGUAUUAAACAGAAAGUAAAAACGUUGGCUCAUGACUAUUAUUGCAACAUUAUGGAGCUCCUGGUAAAUGGGAGUUUAUUAAUCAAGAGUGGUCUCCAAAGUAAUUGUUUGUAAAAAGAAACAUCUACUUUCUAAUAUUCUAAAUUUCUAGUAUAUCCUUCUUAGGGCGUGUGUCUCACAAAAAAGAAUGACGAUACGCUAAAUUGAACAGAGUGCUUAAGGAAUUUGACUUGACUCAAAACGAAAUUGAAUAG